AUGUACGCGGAAGCACACCUGGCGCAGUUCAGGCGAGUUCAGUCAACCCUCGCGCUCCCGUCGGCGCGCGCGCACUCCUGCGCAGGACGGGCUGGCGCGAGCUCAUCGUCAAAGAUGCAGUGCUUCAUCUGUGUGACGUACAUGAUCAUACUGUGCAGCGCACACCCAGCCAAAGACAAGCAAAUAGCGGCUCCUCACCAGAAAAAGUCCCUAUUCCGUGACGUAAUCGAAUCGUUAAGAAUUCGCGCCCAACUACCAGAAGAUUUCAACCAAAAUGAAGACAACAAUCUGUCCCAAAACUACGAUAAGUACGGAUACGACAACGAACCACCACACUUGCCGAGCGACGCGGAUUUUAUCCCACGAAGAAACGACAGAAUCGAAAUGCCGACUCUACCUCUAAAAUACCGUUUUCCCAAAAGCUUGAACGACACAGAAGAAAAAGUGGUAAAUGUAACAACCGAGGAAAUCGUUCUUUUCGUAGAUACAGACAAAAUUACAAAGACAACUCAAAAGCCAAAGAAACAAAAGCGUCCACCGACGCCCAACAAAAAUAAAGUCGCGAACAAAAAUAAAGAGAAUGAAGACCAAGAAGAAGAAACUCAGACACCGUUACAAGAUAAUAUUACGCCUGUGUCGAACACUUUAAGUGGCAAUAGCCAGAUCGGCAACAGAGAAUCUCAAACUGUGGUCAAACCAACAGUCAUUGUUAAUUUUAGGGGUUCUUUGACUCAUCAAGAUAGUGAUAUCCGUCUCGAGAAAAGAAAUGAUAAUGAUACGGAUCGUACCGCUCAGAACAUCUUUAAUAUUAACCAAGAAGUUAAUUUUGAGCCUGUCAAGAAGGAUGGUAAGAAAGGCUCGAAACCUAAAGUGGGUGACGUGAAGCAAACAUUCAACAUAGUAACUGAUGUCAAAGCCAAAGUAGAAGAGGACAUGUUAAUGUGUGAGACAGCCACUUGGAACCCAAAGAGAAAUGUUCGCGAAGGUCGUAAAAAGGUGUUGCAAAUUUUAUUUUCUUUAUAAUUAGUGAAGGUUAUCUGUCUUAGUUUGAUAAGCAAUUAGAAAGUUAAAGUUUCAUGCAUUCGAUCACGAAAUAGACGAGCUUAAUUAGGUGAUAAAUAUGUAUGUCGUGGAGAUGGAUGGUGUCAGUUAUGAUUUAUGUAUGGACGUGAAUGUAUAAUGUAAGAGCGUCAUAAUUAUAAACUUUUAUUCAUAUUCUGAAUUGUUUAAAGAUAAGCUUUUAAGAACUGAACGGUCAGUGUAGGUUAGUUUAUAAAUAGGCAAAGUUAAAUACAAAUGAGAAUUAAUUACAUAUCAGUUCCAAUGACUAUAUUUUUACUUUAAAGUUAUUGAUUAAGAUACAAAAGCGUUUGGCAUUAAUUACUUAUCCAUGGUUUUAGAUUUAUAACUUGCUAGCAUACUAUGUAACCUAUAAUAGUUAAUAAAUUUAUAGAUGUAAUUAAAACAUCGCAAACUGA